AUGUCUGAUUUGUGUCCAGUCUACGCUCCUUUCUUCGGUGCUAUCGGUUGUACAGCCGCCAUUGUUUUCACUUGUUUCGGUGCCUCUUACGGUACUGCCAAGUCCGGAGUCGGUGUGUGUGCCACCUGUGUCUUGAGACCAGACUUGUUGUUCAAAAGUAUUGUCCCUAUUAUUUUGGCCGGUAUCAUUGCCAUCUAUGGCUUGGUUGUCUCUGUGUUGAUCACUGACUCCUUGAAGCAAACCCAAGCCUUGUACACCGGCUUCAUCCAAUUGGGAGCUGGCUUGUCCGUCGGCUUGUCCGGUUUGGCUGCUGGUUUUGCCAUUGGUAUCGUCGGUGACGCUGGUGUCAGAGGUAACGCCCAACAACCAAGAUUGUUCGUCGGUAUGCUUUUGAUUUUGAUUUUCGCAGAAGUCUUGGGUUUGUACGGUUUGAUUGUCGCUUUGUUGUUGAACUCCAGAGCUACUCAGGAUGUCACCUGUUAA